GCCAGCCUCCAGUUCAGGCCCCGUCCCCGGCCGCGCCUCCCUCCUUCCGUUUCAGACAGCGCGGGAACAGCUGCAGCUCCGGGCGGCCAGGCUUCUCCGGUCUCCCAACGCCGAGGAGAGCUUGUAACAGGCGCUGGAGCUGGCCCGCCGCUGCGUCAGGGACGGCGCUGGAGUUCUCCGUUCCCCUCAGCCUCUGAGCUGAGGCCCCACACCAGAGUAGGGGGCGGCGCGGCACUCGUGCCCCGGCAUGGCGACACCGGACGCGGGGCUCCCUGGGGCUGAGGGCGUGGAGCCGGCGCCCUGGGCGCAGCUGGAGGCCCCCGCCCGCCUCCUGCUGCAGGCGCUGCAGGCGGGGCCUGAGGGGGCGCGGCGCGGCCUGGGGGUGCUCCGAGCCCUGGGCAGCCGCGGCUGGGAGCCCUUCGACUGGGGUCGCUUGCUCGAGGCCCUGUGCCGGGAGGAGCCGGUCGUACAGGGGCCUGACGGCCGUCUGGAGCUGUAAGUCCUCGCCCGCGGCCCCUUAGCAGGUACGGGAGGCGGGGGGCUGUCGGGGGACCGACGCGCAGAGAGGUGAAAUAAGCCCCUUCAGCGACGGCCUGCCGCGCACCCUAUGAGCAGGGGCACCCUUCACUGAGCACUUGCUGUGUGCGGGACAUCGAGGAUCCGGGAACUCGAGGCACACGCCUUCUGUUCGCUGUAAAGUAUAGUGAUGAUAAGUGGAGGCAAAUCCCUUUUGAUCGCGUACUUCCAUCUCUAAAAAACUGGAUUCGUACGUCCAGUUGUCUCACACUGUUGCCCAGGCUGGAGUGCAGUGGCAUGAUCUCGGCUCACUGCAACCUCUGACUCCCGGGUUCAAGCGAUUAUCCUGCCUCAGCCUCCCCAGUAGCUGGAACUACAAGCGCAUGCCACCUACAAGCACAUGCCACCAUUCCCGUCUAAGUUUUGUAAUUUUUUUAGCAGAGACGAAGUUUCACCAUGUUGGCCAUGCAGGUCUCGAACUCUUAACCUCAAGUGAUCCACCCACUUCAGCCUCCCAAAAUGCUAUAAUUACAGGUGUGAGUCACCAUACCUGGCCAACAUCCACUGACUCUUGCAGAUACUGCGUGCCAGCCCCCAUCUGUCCACUGCCAUCUAGCCCCCAGCUCUGCCCAGUCUGCCUUGUGCUCCCUUCAGCCGCUCUUAACUGCUUGCUCUCCCUCUGCUACCCAGGAAACCACUGUUGCUGCGAUUGCCCCGGAUAUGCCAGAGGAACCUGAUGUCCCUGCUGAUGGCCGUUCGGCCAUCGCUGCCGGAAAGUGGGCUCCUCUCUGUGCUGCAGAUUGCCCAGCAGGACCUAGCCCCUGACCCCGAUGCCUGGCUCCGUGCCCUGGGGGAAUUGCUGCGAAGGGAUCUGGGGGUGGGGACCUCCAUGGAGGGAGCUUCUCCACUGUCUGAAAAAUGCCAGAGACAGCUCCAAAGUCUCUGUAGGGGGCUGGGCCUGGGGGGCAGGAGGUUGAAAUCCCCCCAGGCUCCAGACCCUGAAGAAGAGGAGAACAGGGACUCCCAGCAGCCUGGGAAACGCAGAAAGGACUCAGAGGAAGAGGCUGCCAGUCCUGAGGGGAAGAGGGUUCCCAAAAGAUUCCGGUGUUGGGAAGAGGAAGAAGAUCAUGAGAAGGAGAGACCCGAACGUAAGUCACUGGAAUCUCUGGCAGAUGGAGGAAGUGCAACUCCUAUUAAGGACCAGCCUGUCAUGGGAGCUAAGACUGGCGAGGAUGGUUCGAGUCUGGAGGAUGCUAAAGGUCGAGCUGAGAGUUUGGAGUUGCCCAAAGCUAUCCAGGACCAGCUUCCCAGGCUGCAGCAGCUGCUGAAGACCUUGGAGGAGGGGUUAGAGGGGUUGGAGGAUGCCCCACCAGUUGAGCUACAGCUUCUUCACGAAUGUAGUCCCAGCCAGAUGGACUUGCUGUGUGCCCAGCUGCAGCUCCCCCAGCUCUCAGACCUUGGUCUCCUGCAGCUCUGCACCUGGCUGCUGGCCCUUUCACCUGGUCUCAGCCUCCGCAAUGCUACUGUGCUGACCAGAAGCCUCUUUCUUGGACGGGUCCUCUCCUUGACUUCCUCAGCCUCCCGCCUGCUUACAACUGCCCUGAACUCCUUCUGUGCCAAAUAUACCUACCCUGUCUGCAGCGCCCUCCUUGACCCUGUGCUCCAGGCCCCAGGCACAGGUCCUGCUCAAACAGAGUUACUGUGUUGCCUUGUGAAGGCGGAGUCCCUGGAGCCAGAUGCACAGGUUCUAAUGCUGGGACAGAUCUUGGAGCUGCCCUGGAAGGAGGAAACUUUCUUGGUGUUGCAGUCACUCCUAGAGCGGCAGGUGGAGAUGACCCCUGAGAAGUUCAGUGUCUUAAUGGAGAAGCUCUGUAAAAAGGGGCUGGCAGCCACCACCUCCAUGGCCUAUGCCAAGCUCAUGCUGACAGUGAUGACCAAGUAUCAGGCUAACAUCACUGAGACCCAGAGGUUGGGCCUAGCUAUGGCCCUAGAACCUAACACCACCUUCCUGAGGAAGUCCCUGAAGGCCGCCUUGAAACAUUUGGGCACCUGACCAUCCACCAAGGGACCACCCUCUUGGUGCUCCAUCACCAGCUUCCUGAAGGGCAUUUCUUUCUUCACCACCUUGUCUUGAGCACUAGCCUGAGGAUAAAGGCUGAGCCUGGCCAUCCCAGAUUGCAACUGCCUCCCUGUUACAGGCUGCAUAGGGCAUAUUGGCUUCCCAGCCAGCAGGGAGGCUCCUGGGCUAAGGGAGCUCAGCUAUAUUUUCUUUUUCAUUUCUUUUGUUUUUGAGAGAAGGUUUUGCUCUGUCAUCCAGGCUGGAGUGCAGUGGUGCGAUCGAUCAUGGCUCACUGCAAUCUCUGCCUCCCGGGCUUGAUCCUCCCAUGUCAGCCUCCCGAGUAGCUGGGACUACAUGCACAUGACACUAUGCCCAGCUAAUUUUUUUAUUUUGUAGAUAAUAAGCUGGUCAGGGCUGGUCUUGAACUCCCGAGCUCAAGUGAUCUUCCUGCCUUGGCACCCAAAGUGUUGAGAUUUACUGGUGUGAGCCACCACACCAGGCCAGAGCUAUAUUUUCAAAGGCUCCUGGCCCCAGGCACACUCCUCAUCAAUUCUCAGGCUGCAGGGACAGAAACUUUCUGAUAGGGCUCAGUAGGAUCAAGCCGACCCAGAGUGGACAUGGGAUGCUCCAGGAGGUCUGGGGUACCAGUGGGCUCAGAUGAAGCUCUUGUGCUCAUGUAUGUUAUGACCUUAUGUGUUUUUAUUUCUGACUUGAAUAAUUUAUCAAUGGUGUUGAAUAAAAGCAAGUUCAAUAAUG